AUGGUGAAAGAGAAGCCAAAUUCAACGCGUAUCUACGAUAAGGAUGGCUUUCGUAGACGUGCAGCCUGUAUUUGUGUCCGUUCUGAAGCAGAAGCUGAGGUCCUCUUAGUCACCUCUUCUCGACGUCCAGAACUUUGGAUUGUGCCAGGAGGUGGCGUUGAACCAGAAGAAGAACCUUCGGUAACGGCUGUUCGAGAGGUGUUGGAGGAGGCCGGUGUUAUGGGCAAAUUGGGCAGAUGUUUAGGGGUAUUUGAGAAUCAAGAUCAUAUGCAUCGUACAGAAGUUUUUGUUAUGACCGUUACCAAAGAACUGGAAGAAUGGGAAGAUUCGCGCAGCAUUGGCCGAAAACGUCAAUGGUUUUCCAUCGACGAUGCCCUGACUCAGCUGGCUCUGCAUAAACCGACACAACGACACUAUCUAAUGCAAUUGCGACAUUCGAAAAACAACUCAAACGUUAAUUCAGCAACAAAUUCUCCAACAACAGCAGAACCAACCUCAGCAUAAACGUCAUGCGUACAUACCUCAUUUUUUCAAUUUUCUGAAACA